AUGACUACCGGUACCUCGCCGAUUGGCAACCUCCCUGCGGAAUUAUUCGAUCUCGUAGCAGCCCAUCUUGAUUUGCUCGCAUUCAAGAACCUUCGAAUAUGCUCCCGACGACUCCAUCUGCUGAGUCUGGCUCCUUUCGCCAAGCGACACUUUGCUCGCUUGACGACUACCCUGGGUUCAGCGUCCCUCGAUCGACUGGUACAGAUUGCCAGUCAUCAUCACUUUUCGCCAGCUGUCACCACCCUGCAUGUUCGUUUUCUAUACUAUACAGACUACUGCGACCUCGAAUCCAUAACUAGGCUGGGAAUAUAUCCUCCGCCCAAACGCUUUGCAGUAGCCCUCAUGCCAGGAAUUUCCUCACGUAAUAUUCCAAGUGAGUCUACACUGUACAAGGACAUUUGCGGAGAUAGUUAUCCCCAGUGCAUUGUGGACCGUCUGGUCUGCGCACUCGAAGGCUUCCCUAACAUCAAGACCAUGAAGUUCUACACACGACUUCACCAUCGUGGAGAUGAUCAGGGACCCUGUGACCGUGACGACAUCUUCAGAAUGCGAUGCUUCCAGGCGGUAAUCACUGCCAUCGCUCGCAGCAAUAUCGAAUUACGCGAACUCAGCAUCUCCAAAGGAUCCAGGAAGCGUCCGUUUUAUAGGUGCUUGAGGCUACCUUGUACAGCUCUUUGUCUGCCUCCCGGAACGCUGCAAGCGUUGAAGCCUCGAUUAUGUAAAUUAACUUCUCUCACACUAUCCAUCGACUCAUCCUACCUUGCCUCUUCUCACAAGAGGGAUUGGGAGCUCACCCUGACUAAUCUUCUAGCUUCAACACCUUUGGUGAAAAAUCUGGCAUUGAGCUUGGAUUAUAUCAAUAACCUUACCCAAUAUGGUGCUGAUAUGAUGCACUCACUGGCACUAUCUUGUCGUUUGAUGGUUCUUUCGAGUUUUGUCCUUUCAAACUGCACAACUUACGAAAGUGACCUUACGACCUUCUUUGCCGCCCAAGCUUCGUCCGUAUCGCAGCUUGAAAUGGUCGAUGUCAGAUUGUGUUCAGGAAGCUGGCGUUCAGUGUUGAUAGUCUGCAAGAGUUUGGAGAGACUGGAGCAAUUGCGAUUGGCUACGUUGAAGGGGCCGCCGCAUGACCAAUAUCUGACACUUUCGCAUCGUUGUAAUAACUCUCUCAAGGUCACUUUGGAUGUACGCAAAGGGAGCCGGCGCAUGUCCGAACGUAUUGAUGACUUGAUCGGAGCACUGUAUUGGGAGAUAUGA